ACCGAGAUCAGUGGUGAACCAAAGGCGGCGCCGCUUGCAGCCAUCCGGACGAGUUAGUUGACGUAAACAAAUCGUAGAGCAGCGGCGACUCCCAGAGCUGUCUCCCUCUUGCUCUACCAGCUCUCCUUGCCUCACCUUGUGUCUCUCGCUCUCUUACGCUUUUAUACUACACUGUAUUUGCAGCUCACCAUGGAGUCUACAAGAAAAGAAUCGUUAUUAGUCACAUAUGCUAAGAUUACAGCAGUUGUCGCCCUCUAUUGGACGGUUUCUAUAUCACUGGUGUUUGUCAAUAAGUCGCUCUUAGGCGGCUCGUCUAUGGGAGAGAAAGAUGCCCCGUUAUUUGUAUCUUGGUUCCAGUGUGUGGUGACCGUUGCUGCUUGUCUCUUGCUCUCAUAUAGCACAAAAUUAUUUCCAAACAUUGUGACUUUUCCUGAGGUUGGAAGUAUAGACUGGGCAAAGGGUAGAAAGGUAUUGCCCUUGACAUGCGUGUUUGUGGCAAUGAUUACCAUGAACAACCUCUCCCUCAAGUACAUGGGCGUUGCCUUUUAUUUUGUAGGCCGUUCACUCUCCACAAUAUUCAACGUAAUCUUCACAUACUUGAUUUUGGGCCAAAAGACAUCAAUGUCAGCUAUAUUAUGUUGCGCUGUUAUCAUAGGAGGCUUCUGGCUCGGUGUUGAUCAGGAAAAUGUUGCAGGAUCGCUGUCUGCUCUGGGGAUAACAUUUGGGCUUCUCUCUGCAGCUUUUGUAUCUCUCAAUGCAAUCUACACUAAAAGGGUUUUGCCUGUACUGGAUGGAUCAAUAUGGAUGCUUUGUUACUACAACAAUGUCAUAGCCUGCAUUCUGUUCCUGCCACUCAUUGUCGGCGCCGGAGAAGUGCCUGCCAUUUUUAGAAUAACUGCCGAAGGCAACCCAAAUUUCUGGGGUCUAAUGAUUGUGGCUGGGCUCUGUGGCUUUGCUAUGGGAUAUGUGACUGGUCUGCAAAUUAAGGUCACAUCACCACUCACCCACAACAUCAGUGGAACAGCUAAGGCAUGUGCGCAGACAGUGUUGGCAACGUGGUGGUAUGCCGAGUCCAAGGCACUACUCUGGUGGACAAGCAAUUGGGUCGUUCUUGGAGGCUCCAUGGCAUACGCAUACGUCAAACAACUUGAAAUGAAAGCGGCUCAUGAUGCUCCAAAACCACAGCAGUCGGAAUUACCACAGAAACACGAUGAUCAAGUCAAGCAUUAGAGUGUCGGGAGAUAUUCGGUAGAGUAUUGUCGUCAGUGAAGUUUGGUCAGAAGUGCAGCUUUUUUCCUACAGGCAAGAAAUUUGUGUUUUCAAUCAACAUUUUAGUAUAAUGUAAGUAAAGAUUUAAAUUAGAAUAAUACUUACCGAAUAUAUAUUUAUGAUUUAAUGGCUACAGAGAUCUGUUUGACUAGAUUCCUAGGAAAUCUUACCCAGAUUUUGAACUGCAUUGAUUAGCAGUCAAAUUUGUCUUGAGGGACCUGUCACAUAUGAUUUAAAUUGAUUUAUUGAUUUCAAAAUUUAUUGAUUAUUAAAUUAAAAUUUAAAUUUAUUGAAAUAAAUUUUAUUUAUUACAAAUUUAUUGAUUUAAAAAUUUUGCCAUAUUCAUUUGCUCAUACUGUACAUUAUUUAUCAUUUACAAAUAUGCAAGAUUAAUUUAUGUAAGAACCAAAAUUUCAAAGAUAAAGUUCAGCAUUGUACUGUUCAUUAAUUAUGUAAACUUGUAAUGUGGCAGAAAACAGAUGGUAAUUUAUUUUUUAUUUCAUUAAUUUUGAGCAUAAAUUAAAAAAAAAUAGUGGGCAGCAUGAUAAUUAUAUAAACAACUAUUAAAUGGAGUUAAUGGGACUCACAGGUGGCAUAAAUAAAUAGAUUAAAAUAGAAUGAUGGAAGCAAUGCUAUAGGAUUUUCACAGGAAAUUGAAAAUGAGGCAGAAUUAUAGAGGACUGUGUUACAGGAAGGUUCUAGUUCAGAGGACUUUCACUAUACAUCACACCCACCAUAUCAUUUUGCUUUAGUGUGUUACUCUGGAUGGCAUGCUCAUUGUAUGAGAACCAAAGUUUUCAGUUUAAGUACAGUUCAGAACAAAAAAUAUAUACAGUAUUUACAGUAAUUCCAUGUGUGGGAUUAUGUCAACAAGUUGAAGCACUUUCAGCAGAAAGUAAUUCAAAUUUAUGUAGACUACUGUAGUUGAAAAAUUAUACUGUAUUAGAAAAAACAAGUAAAAGCGAUUGUAUAAUGAUUAAGUCAAUCAGUUUAAAUACCCAGGAUGUGUGAAUGAUAAACAAGAGAAAAGUAGUGCAAUCAGAGCUGAAAGUAGUGUAGGCGAGGGAAGGAAAGUGGCUGGUGCAUUCAAAGUGUGGGGUUGAAAACACAAGAUAAGAGAUUGCUGCCACCAGAGGGCUACAUGAAGGAGUGGUGGUGUUAAUGCUGUGUAUUGAUGUGAGAAAGUGGUGUGGUAUGAAUGUGAAAAAUCAAGAUUAGAGCAGCAGACACGGACAUGCUGUUAUAAGAAUAAAGAUAGAAAUUAAAAUGUCAUUGAGAGGGCAAAAGUCGGUAAACUGCAAAAUUGUGGAGAAAAUACCAAGAUUGUUUAGGUAUGACGAAUGAAUGAUGGUAUAGUGGCCCUUCAAGCUUGGCUUUAAGAUACAGUACUUCAAGAUAAAUUGGCUUCAAGGUACUGGGGCCCCUUACCAUGUUGUUAUUAGAUUAUAGCUGCUUGAAGAUAAGCCGGCAGCAUUCACUCCCUUCAAAAUAGGCAAAGUUGAAAGGUUAUGUGUAGGUACGGAGCUAAAGCUAAUUGCCCUUUGUGUGUCUCUGAUUCUUUAUUCAUAUUUCUCAUUUGAUUUCCCCCUUUCUAUGCUCAUAUUUCUCCUAACCUUGUUAUUUGUUACAGUAUAUAAGCAAAUGAUGUUUAAUACACUUAAAAGAUAGGAAAGCCAUCAUGUAAUAGGUAGAAAUAAAUGACUAAUCAAAUGAUUGGUUUUAACACUAAGAUAAGGGGGAAUGCUACCUAUUCCAUAACUCUACCAGUAUUUGAAAUGAUGUACUGUACAUAAUACAAGUAGAUAAAUAUUUUUUCUAUGCUGUGGUUAAUAAUUAGUAUCAUAUGUUAUAGUAUAAAGACCCCAGAGUCUGUAUAGCUCAUUAAUGUCAUUAUUUUUAUUUUAUUUAUAAAAGUGUAUAGCCUAUGAUAUUACCUUGAUGCUGUGGUGGUUGUUACACAUAUUUGCAAUCAAAUUGUUUUUAGUAUAAAUUUUCUUAAUAUUUUUGUUUGUAAGAGUAUCUUAAUAUUCCUUGUCAAUGGUUGUAAUUAAAAAUUAAUUUUCCUUGUCAAAGGUUGUAAUGUUUUAAUUAAGAAAACUUUGAAGUUUAUUACAUUUUUCUUUGUGAAUUGUUCGGGUUGUCUUGUAAGGUAUUAAUAACUUGUGUUCAUAUUUGAUUGUAGUUCCUAGGUAAAAACCGAGAAACUUUUGUGCAUAUCAGUAAGUGCUUUGAAUGUAAAGGCAAAUACAGUAUUACAAAUGGUUUUCCAUUAUCAGGGGCAGGAACUGAGCUCUCUGGAGUUUACAGCAGGUUGAUUACUUGUGUUAUUUACAGGUUUUAUUACAUUAACUAAUUUUUCUUUAUUAGUAAUGAAUUCGAGCAGUUUGGCUGCAAAAGUGACUGUCUGUUAACAAAAAACUAGCAAUGUUAACAUUAUUAUAUAAAUAUAUGACUCAUAUAAUAAAGUAGUUGUCACGUCUAUAAUGUAAUGUUUGCAACAAAUAAUUGAGUAUUUAUAGUAGUCUUUAAUAUUGUCUUGAAUUUUUGAGGUUGUGCAGUAUUACGGUUUAGAUCAAUUUCGUCUUCUAAGGAAUGAAAUUCUGUCAGUAGAUGAUUAAAAAAUAUUAGAUAGAGAACUAUAAGGAGUCAUUUCAUAAGGGGUAUCAAUAAAUUAGAUAUUGAGGUUGUAUAUUGGAAUUGAACCUGUAUCCCUGCACUUCUCAGACACACAUACACUACUAACUGGACCAUACAGACAUGGUACAGUCAGUAGUGUAUAUACCUGAAGAGUUUAAGGAUGCAGGGUUCAAUUCCACUGAAUGGUCUCCUAUAUUCAUCACAUGAGGUACAUGAGGUACCCAAUUCACAGAACAGUAUUUGUAUGAUUAUUUAAUACAUUAAUAUCUAUAGCAAAAGCUUGCUAGAAUAUUUGUUAUUUUUAAUGGAAAUUCACAAUUUGUACAGAAAUAAUAAUAUCAAUAAAGUACUGUACAGAACUUGUAAUGACUAGACGAAGGCAGUCUUCUUGUUGGUUUGCUACGUGUUCAUUAUUGCCAUAAUGGUAAUUUGAUAUGAGUCUGUUAAUAAAAGAUGAAAAUACAUCACCAUUAUAUGAGAA